AAUCACAGGAGUGCCCCCUUUCAUUCCUCUCCGGUAUCCUGCACACGGCAAGUGCACUCGCACUCGCAGCUCCCUCACUGCAUUUUCACCCCUUCUGCUUUCUGCUCUUCUUUCACUUUCCAAAAAAAAAAAAAAAGAAAAAAAGAAAUUGAAGAAGCCUCUGAGUAGACUCCGAGAGACCGGAGAUGAUCGGAAGAGAAGAAUCGAGCACGCUGUUAAUGUUGCUCAAAUCCGGAGAAGAUCAAGGCAGACUGUUGGAAGAUAUUGUUGGAGAGUUCAAAUCGAAGUUCCCUCCACCUCGCUAUUUCAAUGCCUGUGUGUCUCUCGCUUUAAUCCUCGAGGGUAAAUUUCUUAAACCCUCUCAGCGGUUGGUUGCAUUUGCAAUUCUUCAUCAAGUGUAUUCUUCCCAAGAGCCUUCUUCAAAUCCCUUCAGCUCUUUGCUUGUAAAUGCAGCAUGUGAUGAAGAAGCUGAGAAAUAUGAAAGGGCAUUUAUUCUUCAGUUGCUGGGCUCUGCAAAUAAAAAAGAGGUUUUAAAGCAGUCUGCUUCAGAUUACAUGAAAAGUUCUGAUCCUUCUCAAUAUCCUUUUCCACAAAGUGAACAGUUGCAACAACAGUUUGGUGUUAAAGCUUUACCAGAACCAUUUAACUGCUUGUUCAAGAGCAACUCAGUCAACAAUGUCAUUUCAGACCCUGAUGUGCCUCGUGGAUGUGAUAUCAAUUCAGCAGAGUAUGAUUUGCAACCUGGAUAUAAACCUAAGAUUGGAUCUGGGGAUGUUGAUGAAACAAUAACUGGACUAUUAUCAAAUCUGUCUCUGGAAGGUUUACAACCUCAAUGGAUAAGGCCAUGCCCUCCUAUGCUUCCAGUACUGGAUGGCGAGCUAGUGUGGUUAAACCCUGAUAAUAGUUAUGACCUUUUGUGGGAUCAUGGAAUGUGUGCUGAUACUAGCAGAGGAGUAGCAGUCAGGGAAUUGAUUGCAAAAGCUCUGAAGGGUCCUCUUGCUCCUACUCAACAAGAGAAAGUUUUGUUCGAGUUGGCAAAUGACCCAAAACGUGUUUAUCAUUGUGGACUGACACCAAGAAAGCUGCCAGAGCUUGUUGAGAACAAUCCUGUUAUUGCAGUGGAAGCUCUUGUAAAGUUGGUGAAUUCCCCUGAGAUUGCUGACUACUUUACAGUUCUUGUUAAUAUGGAAAUGAGUCUGCAUUCAAUGGAAGUAGUUAACAGACUCACACAAGCAGUUGAACUACCAACUGAAUUCAUACAUAUGUAUAUCACCAAUUGUAUAUCAUCCUGUGAGAACAUCAAGGAUAGGUACAUGCAGAAUAGACUUGUAAGGCUUGUCUGUGUCUUCCUUCAGAGCUUGAUCCGGAAUAAGAUAAUUGAUGUUCAAGAUCUGUUUAUUGAAGUCCAAGCAUUUUGCAUUGAGUUCUCAAGGAUUAGGGAAGCAGCUGGGCUAUUCAGGCUGCUUAAAACCUUAGAAAACAACAAUAAUGCCUCUCCAUAGAUUUUCAGUUUUGUAGCAUACGUUUUUUGUAAUGCCUUUUACCCGAUUCUGGGGUGAAAUACUGAAAUAUUUAUGUUGUAUUCGGAUGAUAUUGCUACGGAGUAUUUUUUUAGUAUAAAAUUUAGGUAGGAAACUAGAAGUUACAUUUCAUUGUCUUCCCUUUGAGCUCAACAAAGCGUUUAGAAGGAUUUCAAGUGGGGUUGUGUCAAUAAUACAAAAUUGAUUUUUUUUUU